GGGAAAGAAAAGAAAGUCCUCCACCUAUUAGACAGCUUUGCUCCCACUCAGCGACAAGCUCUUCAAAAGAAGAAGACAACAUAAUUUUGGUUUUCUCUUUCUCCCGUUCAAGAAGUCCGUUUCACACGACUUCUACUUCUAGAAUUGAGAAAUAAACUUCAACUAAGUACUCAAAAUGGCGACUGUCCUCGAAGGUUCAGCCUCUUCGCCACCCAUGAUCGUCAUUAUCCCUCUGGGGGGUCUGGGCACCCGUUUCAAGGCCGUGGGACAUCUGCAGCCCAAAGCGUUAGUCCCUGUACAAGGGAAGCCCAUCAUUUUCUGGCUUAUCGACAACAUGAACCUUCCGCCUGGUGCCUUGCUUUUAUGGGGGAAAUGAGAAAUUCUACUUUAUCUAGCAUCAUGAUCAUGAAGAUGCGCGCAAAACAAGUCUUCACCGUUGUUUCAAAGAUAUUAUGGUAUUUAACGGGGACACCAGCAACACCUGUGUAUUACUGCACUUAUCCAUGAAUGUGUUGUACUACUACUAACUUAUCCAUGAAUGUGUUGUACUACUACUAACUUAUCCGUUAAACAAUAAAUCCAUGAACAAUUGUUAUUUUCAUUGUGCGCACAUCAAGAAGAUCCACUGUUUCAUAUUGCUGCAUACCGUACAACAGCGAAUAUCGUGCGCAUAAUUUGGAACAGAUUCUUCAGGAGCGAUACUGUCACCUACAGAUCCGCUUCUUGUGUCUUGAAGAACAAACACGAGGCGCAGCUGAAACACUUCUUUAUGAAGAGGAACGGAAAUACAAAUAGUAUAUGUUGGUGGAUGGCGUUGAACGGAAAUACAAAUAGUUGAAGGGGGAUGGCGUUGAACUGUAAUACACCUAGUAUAUGUUGGUGGAUGGCGUUGAUUGAAUGGCUAGGUUGGCGUUGAUUUGAGGUGGUGAAUGAGAAAUAAAUUGAAUCAUGAGAGAAGUAUACUAUAAGUAUUCCCUUUUUGGAACAAGAUUUCAUCGAAGAUUUGUGGCUGAUCUUUCUUUGAUUUUUUGGAGAAAAAACACGACGUCUCUAUGAAGAUGAAAAAACACUGUCUCUCUACACCUCGCGUGCAAGAGGCGGAAAGGCAUCCUAUCCUAUCCUAUCCUAUCCUAAAGGCGUUCAUCUAAAGCACCAGGGCCCAUUGGUUUGGAUGUUAUAGAAGAUUUCAGAACUCUGUAGCUGCAUCCAUUGUUGGCACUUAGUAUUGUUUCUUCUCUCUAAGUUCCAGUGUGCCUGAAGGAUUUGUGCGAACGAGAACCUGGGCUCCGAAAUGCUGCCACAUCCCAGCUUAAGGCGAACACUUUAUCUCUCAGGCAUAUCAAUCAAUCAAUCAAUCAAUCAAUCAAUGCCUCUACCGCCUUUACCUCUUCCUCUUUCUCUGCCUCUAAUGUACCCAGUGCAGCAGGUGUCCCUGUGGCCAGCGUGGACUCUGACUCGUUCUACACGUAUGACUUCCUUGCAGCCUGGAAAGGACAGAAUGCCGUCUACUCGUUCUCGGACUCGAAUCCACAACCGAUUUUCUCCUACGUCGCGACAAGCGGAAAUACAAAAAGGACAACACUCUUAAGGCCAGAAGAAGCAUUUCUGAGAGCAAAUGGAGCAGCUCCUAUCCGUCAGGGCUGAGAGGUACCCCAAAACUACAGUAUGAGGAGAUUCAGAGGAUGCCUAUCAAGGCAUGUAGUUGACAACUAUGACUAUGUAUUUCAUCAUCACGAUCAUCAUAAUUGAUGACUGGUGCACAAUUGUUGAGAGCAAUUUUUUUGGACCACACAAAGUGAUGCAGCAACGACCAUUAUCAAUAUCAAGAAUCAUCCACCACAUCAUCUUCCUCCAAUACAGUGCAGUAUUGUGCUGAGGAUACUUCAUUACUGAGAAUACUAACAGCACUAAAGCGCACCUCUUUCCCCUUUUUGCUGAACUUACACCCUGAAUGGGUAAGCCACUACUACGACCACUACAACUAGGCCGACUAGUACUCCUACUACUUAGCACCAUGCUAGAGCGCUAAUUUUUGAUGGCGAAGGGGGGUCGGGAGAAGACUGGCGCAUUCAAAAGAUCGUGGAAAAGGAGAAGAUUUCCGAUUGGGCCAACUGUGGCGUCUACGCGUUCGCUUCUCACUUGCAACUGAUUAUGCUGGAGUUAUCUCUUGUACCAUUUUGUUUUUCCAAGUAGGUGGUAUGAUGAUCACGUACACAUGUUAUAAGCAACAAGUAAGUAGGUAAGUAGUUAUCUUAUGAUGGUCUGUGUUACUGCUCCAGUGAUUACUUAUUGUUCAGAUCUUCUCAGUAAACAAACCGAGUUAGCAGGGAUGCAUGUAAUGGAAUAGAAUAGGCAGGCUAGUACAUCAAGAAGAUCGGAUACCGUGAAAGCACGACGCGACAUCAAAGCCUGAUGAACCUCAUUCAUAUUGAUGCAGUAUUGUGAACGCAUCAUCGAGCAAAAUAUCCGGCAAAAAAACGAAUUCUACACGUCGACCGUAAUCGCCGAGAUGAUUCAGGAUGGCAUCACAUUCUUUAAGGCUUCUUCUCACAUAGAAGUUUCACAAAGGAGAGAAUGGUAAAGUAAGCGGGAUAAUUCUUAUCAGAUAGAAAGGAUCUAGCUAGAUUUCCUCUUCCUCAAGAGGUAGUUUGAGACAAAUUCUCAAUUUCAAAACAAUAAAAGUAAAAGAAUCUUCUUCGCAUGGCUUUCUCCAAGGCUCGUCCUCCUUCGCCUGUGGUUCUACGAGCAAGGAAGGCUUCACUUUCACAUCAACAAAACAAACAAUAGGCUUCAUCAAGAAGAAACUACUCUGAUUAAAUAUUCGAAAUUCAUGUACUCCAUGAAUGGGUACAUCACUUGACUACCUAGUUGUGAUACUUCUCGCUACUACUUCUACCUCUAACGUCUAUUGUCGUCCAGUGGCGAACAAGCAUUUUUAUUCUCUAGGGACACCGGAACAAGUAGCGCAGUUUAACACAACUUACCUCUUGGAUUUGGAUGGGACGCUUGUGGACACGGACAGCGUCUACGUGAAAGUGUGGAACAACCUGCUGUCGCCUUUCGGUCUCAGUAUUGAUUAUGGAAGAUGGCAAUAGAAAAGACUAGGAUGUGAAUGACUUAUGAGCAUGAUGAAGCUCAAGACUGGAGUUAGAGAUAAAGCCUAGGUUAAUAUGAGACUAGUAGAUGAGCAUGAGACUGACUAGUAGACCGACGGUGGGUGUGAUGCACUAUGGUAACGGUGUUUCGACUUGUAGUCAUCAAAUGGGUCAUGAUCGUGUGGAGAAGUGGUUUUUUACUGUAGAAAUCAAAAUUCACUCGAGGCAAUUACAGAAGUAACAGUAAGUACUUAAGUGUGCAUGCUCGGUUUGGUAAGGCAGACUACAGUUGUCCUUACGGUGGUUCUGUAUCAUUUACACGCCUUGUGAGUGUAACCACUACCAGCACUUGUUCUACAACGACUAGCACUACAUCUACACUCAAAUGUCUUCAGCCCUCUAAAAUGUCGAAAGCUUCUUUGAUGAUUUCAUCAAGGGGAACAGCGACAACGAUUUUUUGAAAUACUUGAUGCCGGAUAUAUCCCCAGACCUGCUCGAGAGUUUUUCCACGCGAAAAGACUCAGAAUUUAUUCGAGUCCUCCAAGAACGGGCUGCUGACGGAGAAGACUUGGCCAAACUAGUGUUAUGUUUCAAGCACUAUGCUUCAAGCAGUUUUCUAAUGGUCUACGUCUAGGCACUAGUUGUCGUAGUCAUUUUCAAUUUUCACACAUACACGAGGGCGGAACCACGUUGAACAAAGACAUCUUGGCCUUUCAACGUGGGCACCUUGCUAAUCUAAGCGAAAUAUGCACGCACUUCACGUUCACACGCAUGUUGUGCGCCUCAAUGAGAUUUCUCUAAUCAUUCUGAUCGAUGGCGUGGAGGCAUUCAUGCAUAGAGCAAAGAACUCCAAGGUUGCUAUUGUUAUGACUUCCGGAAAUCUCCCAUUUUGAGAAGCAGGGGAGAUGGGUCUAAGAUGCAUCUCAUUUUACAUGGGAGACAGACUCCAGGAGGGUCUAAUACAGUAACAAGUUGCAACCGUGCAGCCGCAGAAUUUCUAGUGCAGGCGACAGGUCUAGAAGACUUCGUUUGUCUUCUGGUCGCGUCUGAGGACUGCAAACGUCACAAACCGCAUCCUGAGCCGUACCGUCAUGCCAUGCAGCUUCUAUUAAGGCUACAAGAAAUCCAAAUCUAGUCAAAAUUUCUAGCUUCUAUCAUUAGUAGCUAGAAGAACCCUAAACCCAAACCCUAAUCUAUCAGUCAAAAAUGUAGUCCUUUCACAAUAAUUAUGAAGGCAACACAAUAUCCAAAAAGCAUUGUUCUGGUGCUACAGGAAAUCCAAACCUUGGCGCUGUCUCUUUUCCAUGUAUGCUCUUGGAGUAGAAGAUGGCACUUCCUUGUAUCUAAUAAAUAAGAAACAAGUGGGUCUUCGUCUUUUGUUUGUGACAACGUAUGGCAUAGAUCUAUCUUCAACAACAUUCUGAUUUCACCAGACCUAUCUGAUUCAUCUAACAGACCUCUCAAUCUGAUUUUGACUGACCCAUCUGAUUUUGACAGACCUAUUGGAUUUUAGCGGACUUAUCUACUUGAAGGGUUUCCUAAGGUGGAUAAUAUAUAUCUGAUAGAUCUAAAAUUAGGGGUUAGUGGGGAAAGAUGCGUGAUCUGCGAAGAUUCGGCUUCCGGCAUCAUGGCUGCAUCGCAUGCGUGUGCCGGUCGAGUGUGUUUCUUUUAAGGAGACCAUUUGUACUCGAAAAGUGAAAAUACGCAAGUAAAUUCGAGAAUUAUUCUAUUAAAUUCUUAGCAGUUGUCUUAUGACACCUUAAGUACUCGGCUGUUUCAGUUCUUUUUCCUAUAGUAGAGUAGUUUAUAGACGCUGGGCGGCUGGGCACGCUGGGCUGCGCUGGGUGGCUGGGCGGCCUCGCUGGGCACGCUGGGCGGCAACGCGGGGCACGCUGGGCGGCAACGCUGGGCACGCUGGGCGGGCGCUUGGAUAGCACUGAGCGGACUUGAGGGCCACACGUUGGGCAUGCCGAGCCUGCGCGGCCGAUGGAUUUACUUGCGCCGCGGGGACGCGGUGCAGCGCGUCCCGUGAGGCCAAACAAAGGCGGCGCGCCGCCCUCAAUGUUCACGGCAGCGCUGGCUCAGUGCUGCGCCAGUUUGCGCAGUAGCGGGCUGCACGGUGCCUGCUCUGUUCAGGCUUGCACUGCGUCGCGCUGCCCGAUGCGUGCAAUGCUGCGCCGCUCUUGUGCACAACGGUAAACUCGCCAGCGUCGUUGGCCUUGGCCUACGCUAGACUAGCACUGCUGGCGGGGUUCUCAAGCGGGGGCCCGAAGGGCGCCCCGCAAUUGGAGACGCCCAGCGUGACGCUGGGCGCAGAAUGCGGCAGAUCUGGCACAUUUGGGUCGCCCAGCGACCCAGUGUGCCCAGCGUGCCCAGCCCAGCCAUGUUGGGCACCCUUAUAAACUGUUCUACUAUAGGAUGUUCCUCGUUGUACUUCUAAGUGUAGUAAGUGUAAAGGAUGGUUUAAGGGUAGGUUAAAGGUGCUUUUCUUACCGCUUUUUAUGCCUCUCUCCCUUAGGAUGAGAAAGGCAUAAAAAGCGGGGUAAGCAAGCACCAAAAACCUACCUCUAAAUGGUCAUGGUGGAACAGGACUUCGUAAGUACUUUAUCAUACCACGCAGUGGCCGUGGAGAUGUUCUACUAUCCCGAAAAAAAGCUUGUGAUGUGGUUCUACAGCUUCCUACAGCUUCUGGUAGAUCUUACUAUCAAUGUACUGAUUUUUUAGCAAAAAUUAUACUAGGAGUAUAACUAUAUUCGAAAACUGAAAAUAACCGAGUUACUGACUGAAAUAAGGGAGGUAGCUUAACGUCAAGGCUACUCUUCCUUCUCAUCAGUGUCUCCCUUAUUUUCAAUAGUUACUCGCUUAUUUCAGUUUUUCGAAUAGAUAUAUAUUCCUGUACAACUGAGUUUUUAAUGGAAAGUUUUAAUGUUUCACAAGGGGAGCAGCAAAUGCAGAGGACGCUGCUCGUUCUGGUGAGAUCGCAAAAAUGGCUGAUGUUUCUUUUUCUACCUGGGAUAGCAUGCUUCCCGCAAGCAUUGCGAUGGAGCUCGAACAAUGUGCCACUUCCAGUGAUGGUGGCCGUAGCCCCAAAAACAACGAAUUCGCUUUUUUUGCUGCUCAGAUCAAGAUUAUGACGACCAUGAUGCUCAACUGGUUACACUAACUAGUAGUCCUUCUGUGGUAAUGAAACUCGGUAGUCCUUCUGUGGCUGCAAAUGUUCGCCCGAUGAUGCAGGUCACACUGUGGACGGCGAACCACCUCCUAUCCUAUCCUACUAUGAGAGAUACUAUUCAUUCUCACUCCUUCUGGAGCAUCUUCUGGUAUUCCGUUGCCCCCAGGAGAGAUCCAAAUGAAAUGGAAACAACUUUAAACUUGUUACUGAGACACAAUUGAAUUUGAAGAGGGAUUAACUACGCACUUCUCCAGAUAAUUCGAGACGAAUCUUCAACACUGUCUUGAAGACAAAUGAAUAAACGGAGCAUACUCUACUUCACCUUAUCUUAUACUGAAUAUAUAAUGAUCGAAGUAGAAAAGACUUCAAGCCAACUACUACUGAUCUAAGACUCGAAAGCUGUCUACGUGCAUGCCGAUUCGUGCAGUGAGCCACAGUCAGGAAAAUUUGAAGACGGGCUACAUCUGCGAUAUCAAUGCUUUCAACUUGGAAUACCUUAACGGAGACAAACGCACAGUCGUCUUCAAAAUCAGCAAUUUUGUUAUGGGGUCGUUGCUUCCAAUUGCACAGUACAGGACCCUUAACCUUUAACCUUGAACCAUUGCACAGUACAGGACCUUUAACCUUUAACCUUGAACCAUUGCACAGUACUACAGGACCAACUGCCUUCGUUGUAGAAAUCAUUUAUAAUAGUUCUUUAAUUAAUUAGAAAAGUUCUUUAAUUAAUUAGAAAUUGUUAAAGUUUUUUAGUAAGUUCGGUAUCAGUGUUUGCCUCUGUGUGUUGAACAUGAGACCUCCCAAUUCUCUUUAACGCUGGUUCCAUAGUCUCAAUAAAUUCUACGACGCAAACACCUCUUGCGUCUCCAAAAAGUGAAGUCCUCGUCUAGAACUCACUUCUACUUGCGCCGUCUCCAAUUUCUAAAUCCUUGUCUGUUGGAUGCUCUCCCCUCUGCCCCUGCAGUUUCUCGUCAUUUUUCCCGUACACGCUGUUGUAACUGGUCUUCAACUUUCAUCACAUUGUUUCUUGUAAAGUACUCAACAACGAGGACCCGUUGCAUGUUUGAUAGAUUCUACGGCAUUCCUCUAAUCGUAGCAACGAGCUUGCUAAGACCGCAACCCAAUUGGACAUGUACGAGAAGGAAGGUUUUUUUUACGAGAAGCUGGGAAACAUCGUGAAAAACGAAAUUGGCGUUCCGCAAUGCUACGGUGUAAUCCGUGAGUCUGGCGGUCAACUGAUCCGGUCUGGCGCAAACUCUCCUUCAAGCUCCCCAUUCACUGACAAUGCUUCGCCGAUGUUAUGGGAAUAUUAAUAUUUAUUAGAAGUAUCUGUAGGUGAACUAGAAGCCUUGUCGUUGUAGGUUCUCCGCUAUAUGACAAUGUCAAUUAUGCUUGUGCUUCUUUGUCUGCUAAAGAUUAGAGUUCAAAAAUAGAAGUAGAACUAUUUUCAAUAGACACUGAAGAGUUAGGGCUUCACCGGAAUUUAGUAGACAAAGAGAAAGACGAUUUCAGAUUCAGAGAGAUCAAGUAGUACUCAGGACUCUGAAGAGAUGGCCUCGCUUGUUAAUGUUGAGAAAUAACGAAAUUGACGACGCGUGCCUGCUCUGAGGACCUUCUUUAUCGACAUGGACAUUCAUGUUAGAGUAGUACUGCAUAUUACGAGAAGUGUUCCUCUGUAUGUUUUGCUUUUUUGGCAACAAGCGAAGAGAAUCUGAGACAUUGGAUUUUGACAAGGUGGUCCACUCCAACUCACUCCUUUUUCAGAUCUCCAGUAGAUCAUAGGAUAACAAUUAAUAGCAGGGUAGAACUUUCCUUCUAUGAUGAAUUCUCAAAAGAAAACUUCUUCUAUUCUAACACGACCACCUGCUAAGCCCAUGGCACCAAUUGGUGUCCUAAAUGAACCGCCGCCGCGUGUGGGAAUCAUUUUGGAGGAUCUGCGUACUUAAGGAGAGCGCUUUACUAUCCCACGUGGACUAUGCUGAGUGGCGCCCCUCUUGAUUUAGAGGGAAAAAGAGGGGGGGACGCAGUAGGACAUCUUCUCACUCGAAUUGGUACUACAGUGAAAAACUACCUGCUCUAACGUACUCAUCCUGGUUGUUUUAACGUCGACCUCAGCCAAGACGUUCGCAUGUUAUCCAAAGUGGUGUCGUGUGCGUUCAACAUGCAUAGGUUAAGGCAACUCGAGGUCAUUUAAUUCGAACACUAUAUAUGUCCCAGGGUGCGGGGCGACGCGGGGGGGGGGUACCGUGCGCCCUGGACCCCUUUUUUAAGGCGUCUGCCGGGGGGUGGAAGGCCUCAAAAGGGGGCCAGGUGACCUCCCUCCUCCGCUCUCUUCCAGCUGCCUGGCUGUUGCCUACAGGCCUCAAGAGGGGUCGAAGGGACCGCCCCCGCCUCCUUCCAGGGGCUUAGCUUUCCCCUAGAGGCCUCCGACGCAGGUGGAAGGCUUCAAGAGGGGCCCAAGGGGCCGCAUCUGCUUCCUUUCCAGGUGCUUGGCUGUCCCCUAGAGGCCUCCGACGUAGGUGGAAGGCCUCAAGAGGAGCCAGGGGGCCGCCUCCACUUCCUUCCAGGUGCUUGGCUGUCCCCAGGGCGGCAAAAGGCGAGGGGCUGGGCCCUCUGGGCCGUGCAGCUUGUACCCUCCGGGCCCUUGGUCAUCGGCUUGCUUGCGCUUGCGACCGUGGCCGCCUUCGGCGGCCUUUCACGUCACCCCGGAGACCUCCCGCCGGCGAGGGUCGGCAGAGGCUAGGGGGUCCCUUAGGAACACGCUGAGAGGCCCAAGUGGAGGCCCGCGCCAAGUUUUGACGCCUUCCGCCACUAGAAUCCGCGAAAAGUCAGCGCCUGCGGAAAAGCGCGCGCGCGCGGCACCACAGACCAGGCCACAGGGGGACGGCACCGCCCGGCCCCGAAGCAUAUACGUUCUUUCAUACUUAUACAUAGUUAUACUUAUCGUCUUAGAUAGUCGUGGAUCGAUGUCUGCUUCCGCUGAUUCAUCCACUUUACGAGGUAUCUUGAGACUCAUCAUCGAUAAAUACUUACAUUUCUCUUGGGGUUGAUCUCAAGAAAAAGAGCCUGAUGAAGAUCUUUCUACUUCAUCUUCGGGUUGAUCAUCAUCAUGUCAGGGAGAACCUCAAGAGCAGCUCUAAGAACAGCAUACUACUUCAAGACGCCGUACGAGGUGAUCCGGCCGAUGAAGCCGCUCGUGACAGCCAGUGACAUCACGUAUUAUUAAGGCUUCAGGUAAUCCAUCUUGACUGUCAUCCUGGGCUUGAGGGUUAUCACGUGCUGGUUAUGAAGCCUUCCGCAGGUUCUUCUCUGCAGAAUGCUUGCGUGCGUGGUUAUCCGCAUGCGAAAGCAAAAGCGUGAACGUUUUCCCUGAGGGGGAAGAGCUUGAAAGAAGCGCCAUUCUCGGGGCCUUCCUCUAUGGCAGGGAAAAGCAAGCCCAGGAUGACACUCAAGAUGGAUUCCAGGAAGCUCUAAUAUUACCAGACCCUGGUGCAGAAUCGUUUCGAUAUCUUCAUCCGUCGCAAUGCUGUAUUCAUGUUACGACUCUUUCUUGACGGUUUACAGCUGCUUGUACUACUAACUUCUCGAAAGUUUUCCUCACGGGCAACAACUUGCUGAUGACCUUGAAGAGUAUACUGAAAUGCAAUUUUUGUGUACUCCAUAUUGGAACUAAUCUUUCAGGAAGUAACUAAAGCUACAAGAUUUGAAAACGAAAUUGAAGCCUCAAGAUUUGGGAUUGAAUCGAUUCAAAUUAUAUCAUCAUCAUCUUACACUACUACGUACAUUGUCGUACAACAUCAACACGACUUACAAGUUCUAAGCAAGAGCGACAAAAGCAAGGCGUUGUGUGAGGCUAUCGCAAAGAACUACAAAAAGAUCGCCAACGGAUUGAGCGAAUUCUAAGGGCUUCCCCAUUACAUCCUCGUCCAGCAACAUCUUUGACCGUUUCCUUUUCUCAAGUGGAAAAUUGAUAGGUCGAAGAACCUGUGCUGAAGAAUGUAAUGCUGCGACCUUUAAGACUUUCCAUUAUCCUUCUGCCAUGGAGAUCUCAAGUCGCCAAACAUCUUCUACAAAUUUCGUAGAUUGGACGUAGCCAAAAGUGGCAAUGGUGAGCCGUAUCCUGGCAUAGGUUCUGCGAUGGAUGCAGAACCUAUUUUCCUCGACUGGCAGUAUAUUCACUUUUACGGGGCAACUAGGCCUGCUCUUGUUAUCUAACUAUAAAUUUAUAUAAAUUAAACAUCCUCAUGAUAUAUCCUAUAUUAAUUUCAUUUUGAACUUGAAGGGUACUAGGGGACUUUUUCGUAGAUGAGCUCACUCGUUCAUUAUCUCCGUCCUUCAUCUCCACAAGUAAACAAAUUCCGAAAAAAAAAAUAUAACUAAUUAAUCUUCACGCUUUCCCAACCAGACUCAGCAUAUAUUUGCCUACUCCUGAAGAUAACCCUACGCGUUGUAGGCGUGCAGGCCUAGGCCGAAUAGAUUGCUGGAGAAACAACUGCACACAUUUUGGAGGAGUGGAGUCCUCGAACUUGUGAUCUCUAACGCUUGAACAAGGGAGUCUCGGACAUCGUUUUUCUUCUCUUAUGGAGGCCUCAUCCUGGUGUACUAUAGGUAUCUACUUUGUCAUUUGUCAGUGCUAUGGUAGCCUGUCUUUCUCUCUGUUGUAUGUCGUCCGAAGGACACGCGUUAUUCUGUCUGUAAGAGUGUGCCCUUCUUCGGCUGUGAAGCGUUGCCAGCAUGUUCUGUUACCUAAACCCAACAACCCCCCAGCCCAUCUUGUUCUUCUCGUCUCUGCUUGUUAAACCUUCUUGAACCUUGUUGGUGUAGACACUAAUAGCUACAUAAGAGGUACCACUACCAUGACAUGACAUGUUGUUCUUCUCCUCUUCUUCUCAUGUUCUUCUCAUCUGCCUCAACCCCUCAACGAAUCUUCUCCUCUCUAACAUUUGUUGAGUCGAUUAAAUUUGACAAGAUCCCGGUGGAUUUCGCGCUCAACUUUUACUACAGUCUCUGGCGCGAAAAGGAACGAGGCUACACCUACGAACAAUACCGCAAAGACGUGACGCUUUCUCUUAUGGUCACCGUAAAAAGAAAGUGCAAAGGAUGAGCCGUAAAAAGAAAUAAAAAGUGCAAUAAAGGAUGAGCAGAAAAACAACAGCGACCGCCUCUAGUAUAGGCACAAUCAUCAUCAUGGAGGGUGAAGAGACCGACGCUGUGUGUCCGUUGAAAACACAAUAAAGCCCCCAACAAAAGUGAUGUAGUAGACAAAGGUACUUUAAUUGUUGACCUUUUGAUCUGAAAGAACAUUUUCUUUCCACCGGAUCUAUCAAUGCUGCUCGAGAGGUAUUUGUAAUGUAUGCUCCUCCAUGUCAGCCUCCGCCCUCACCCAUUUCACUUGUUCGCUAUACAUAUUCCGCACAUCCACAUGCAUUUCCCGCACAUCUCCAUACAUAUUCCGCACAGCAUCUUCCUGCUUAUACCCCACCUUUCAUCUCGCGCUCAUCUUCCUGCUUAUCUCUCACCUUUCAUCUCGCGCUCAUCUUCCUGCCUAUCUCCCACCUUUCAUCUCGCGCUCAUCUUCCUGCUUAUAUCCCACCUUUCAUCUCGCGCUCAUCUUCCUGCCUAUCUCUCAUCUUUCACGCAUGUUUCUCGUCUCUACAGUACCCCUCCCCGUCAGUCAUGUCCUCCUCACCGUUCAUAGGAUUGUGCCUCUUUCCGUUUUUCGUGAUGGUAUGGUUUAACUCGGAGGACCAAGACAAGCUGCUGGACAAGAGCUUUCCGAUCAAGUUUAUGAAAAAUUUGUUGGAAUACUACAACGAAUAUGUGGAUCUGGAGACCUUGGUCAAUCUCUGAGCGGAGACAGAUGUGGGGAAGCGAGUGCGGGUAUCUGGGGACCUUCUAGGUGAAUAUCUGAGCGAGUGCAUGUGGCAAAGCAAGAACGGUGAACUGGGUGAAGAAGCACCUCUAUGAGUGUAUGUGGUGAAGCGACUGCGUAGGGGUAGAAGAUCACGACCUCUUGUGUGUGUGAUGAGCCGACUAGAAGUGCGUAGGGGUAGAAAGCAGGUUAGCCCUGCAAGUACUAGGUCACUUUGUGGGUUGGUAGGUGUGUGAAACAGUCAUAAGGUUUAGACAAUCUUCAACACAAGACAGUAGACGACAACUUGAUGCAGUAGCUAGUGAUGGUAGAUGAAGCUGUGUCUUUUAUUCUUGUGUGAGUGUGGCGUCUGCAAACGACUGCGUAGAGGUAGAUCACGUGUUGGGAGUACGUUUUUGAUGCAGAGUGCGUGAAGAUCAUACUGAUAGCAACGCUACUUAGAGGUCUUCUCCAAUCGUUUACCUUACAACCGUCUUCAACUUAAUUGCGAAGAUAGAGGUGGCCGCGGAGUUGGUCUUCGUAUUGGAUUUUAUCAGAAUCAGAGGAGAUGGAGAAGCUUUAUUUGUUUUAAUAUAAUACUCCCCGGCCUGGGGUGCCCCGGGCGACGUUGAAGAAGGGGAGAGGGCUGCUGUAUUGGCGUGGGUUUGCGUGAAUGGUUUCACGAGGUGAAACAAGCGCCCGAAGGGCGCGCACUCCCCUCCGCCCCGCGGUUGGCGGAAGCAAGAGGCCCCAAAGAUGUGGCGAAAGAAAAAACGGGGCCCUGCUUCCAAGUUGGUAGCAAGCGCCGGGGGGCAGUUACAUGCGCAACAUCAUGGGCGCCAUUUUCAACGCGCUGGCCGACAUGGUUGGCGCGGGUUCUUGUGGUUCUCUCCUGUUUUUUCUCUUUUCUCACCGUCCGCGGCACUGUGCCCGACUUAUUGCGAACAAAGGGACGAAGCAACCAAGCAAGAGACAGCGGGGAAGCCUGGAGAGGAUGAGGGUGGGGCCCCGAAGAUAUUGCCAAAGAAGUUGCGGCCAGUCCUCAGGGCUCAGGGGCGCGCGCAUCUCUACCACAGUCGCGACUUCUUCGGGCCACUCUUCCACUGCGCUAUCUGCUCGCAGUCGGGGGGCCUCGCCUGUUGCCUUCUGUUGCCUCCUGUCGUCUUCUGCGGUCUCCUGUCGUCUUCUGUUGUUUUCUGUUGCCGUCUGUUGUGGCUGCUUGUCUCUUGUUGUUCUCUGCUGUGCCCUUCUGUUCUCUUCGAUUUUUGCAGUCUGUUGGGCCUCGCGUGCCAGAGUUCUGCGCUGACUGAGCGAAGGCAAAAACCCGCAGCGCCGCGCUAGGCUUGUGGUGUCUUGUUCGUAGUGUCUUGCUCGUGGGGCCUUGUUCAUGGGGCUUUGUUCGUGGGGCCUUGUUCGUGGGGUCUUCUUCGUGGUGUCUCCUUCGUGGUGUCUCCUUCGUGGUGUCUCCUUCGUGGUGUCUCCUUCGUGGUGUCUCCUUCGUGGUGUCUCCUUCGUGGUGUCUCCUUCGUGGUGUCUCCUUCGUGGUGUCUCCUUCGUGGUGUCUCCUUCGUGGUGUCUCCUUCGUGGUGUCUCCUUCGCGAUGUCUCCUUCGCGAUGUCUUUUUCGUGGUGUCUUGUCUGUGGGGUCUUGUUCGUGAUGCUCUGUCUGUGGUGCUCUGUUUGUGGUGUGUUGCUCGUGGUGUCUCGUUCGUGGUUCCUUGUUCGCGGUAUCGGAUAACUACAACUACACACUAGUACUAGUACUGGGUGGGCGCUUGUCGUGCUUCUACUAUGUAUUUCAAUUUUUGUAAUAGUUGUUAAGUGGAAAGCAUAAAUAAAAUAGAGAGUAGAUGAAAGCAGC